CGGACCGAAUCCACUCCCCUCUUAAUUGGACGGUCUCCUGGGAACGUUGCUGCCCGAGGAAGAUCUCAAUCCCCUUAUCCGGACAAACACGCCGACCUCAAGAGAUUGCCCUCUCCAUGUUUAUGACCAAUUUCUCCUGCGGUGGCAUAUUAUGUUCUCACAAGGUAUCGUGAGCAGAUUUAAAGGAGGAUGUCUUCACCUCUGCUCGUCAGCAAAGGGUCAAGUCUAGGAUGAAAUUUCUGAAAUUUCUAUUCGCUGUCCUCCUCCAGCAACCUGCGCUUGCAGCUGCAGCGAGCACCGAUGCCUGGAAGUCACGGAGCAUAUAUUUUGCCCUGACCGACCGCAUCGCCCGGAACACUGGCGACAAUGGCGGGGUUCCCUGCGGGAACCUGAAGCAGUACUGCGGAGGAACGUUCAAAGGCCUAGAGUCGAAGCUUGACUACAUCCAAGGGAUGGGUUUCGAUGCGAUAUGGAUCACUCCUGUUGUAGCAAACACCGAUGGCGGGUACCACGGAUAUUGGGCUUCGGACUUGUAUAGCAUCAACCCGAAGUAUGGUACUCCUGAUGAUCUCAAAAGCCUUGUGAAUACGGCUCACAAUAAGGGUAUCUUUGUCAUGGUCGACGUCGUAGUCAACCACAUGGGCAGCGGCUCUAUCUCCACCUACAAGCCAGCCCCGCUCAAUGACUCCAAUUCCUACCACGCCGACUGUAACAUCGACUACUCUAACCAAAGUAGCAUUGAGAAAUGUCGUAUCGCCGGCUUACCGGACAUCAACACAGAACGAUCGGAUAUUCGCGCUAUGUUUCAGGACUGGAUUCGCUGGCUCGUUAAAGAAUUCCAAUUUGACGGCUUUCGUCUCGACACAGUCAAGCAUGUCGAGAAAGACUUCUUCCCAGGUUUCGUAUCUGCAGCCGGGGUCUAUACUAUUGGCGAAGUCUUCGAUGGGAACCCCAGUUACCUGGCCGGAUAUGCGUCGCUAAUGCCAGGACUACUGGACUACGCGGUGUAUUACCCCAUGAACAGCUUCUACCAGCAAAAAGGCUCCGCAGAGACACUCGUUGACAUGCUAGCGACCAUUGACACCACAUUUCCAGAUCCAGCUGCACUGGGAACCUUUCUCGACAACCAUGACAAUCCGCGAUGGCUGAAUCAGAAGAACGACACCUCUCUGCUCAAGAAUGCCCUUGCGUUUGUCAUUCUCUCUCGUGGGAUUCCUAUAGUGUACUACGGCACCGAGCAGGGAUAUGCCGGUGGUGCCGACCCAGCCAACCGCGAGGAUCUCUGGCGCAGCAGCUUCAAUAGCGAGUCGGAUCUCUAUCAGACAAUCAAGCGGCUGUUGCGUGCAAAGAACUUGGCUGGUGGUCUUUCUGCAAAUGACAUGGUGAACCUAUACGUCACCGGCAAUGCGUAUGCUUGGAGCCGUGCAGAUGGGAACCUCAUAGUGCUCACCACCAACACUGGCAAGGGCAGCUCGGGCAAACAUUGCUUCGAUACGAAGAGGCCAAACAAACAGUGGUCCAGUGUCUUUGGGGGAAAUACCAGUUCUUCCGACGGUAACGGGAAUAUCUGUCUUGAUGUCACGAACGGCGAACCUAUUGUCUUGCUCAGCGCUACGGGCGGCACGAAUCCCGAAGCAUCUGGUACCGCACCCACUUCCACCAGUGGACAAUUUGCAUGUCCAACUUCGGUUUCUGUCAAUUUUAAGCACAUGGCAAUGACUACCUAUGGCGAGACGAUCAAAAUCGCUGGCAAUGUGGUUCCGAUGGGAAACUGGGAUCCGGCAAAAGCGCCUUCGCUUUCCUCAUCAAUGUACAUGGCGAGCAGUCCAGUGUGGGACGUCGAAUUGAAAUUGCACCCGGGCGAAGCUAUCCAGUAUAAGUUCAUCCGAGUCGCGGGUGGUGGUGGUGUAACUUGGGAAAGCGGGGAAAACAGGGUGUAUACAGUGCCCACCUGUGGCAGCAGUGCGACUGUAGAGAGUAAUUGGCGGUGAUCGAAAAAAAAAAAAAAAAAGAGUUGCUGGUUGGAUAACGCCGUAAGAUGGAG